CCCACACUGCACAGUCUCUUCAUCAUCCGGAGACGAUCGCUGUUCGAUGUCGCCCUUGGCGCGCAUUGCAGACGUACUAAUAGCUGCGAAUCACUCCUCCAAAGUGGUUCGGUCUGCUCUUCACGGCUCUGCGUUCUUGCGCAACGUCGAGACUGCAUCUUCGACCAGGACGAACAGACAAGAUCGGGUUGACUGAGCUUACAGAACAGAAAGCCACCAUGUCGGACGAGAAAUAUGGCGAGCAGUGUGCUGUCGAGCGCGAAGAUGCGGUCUUGCCCAAUGCAGGCGAAUCUACGGAAAAGAUGUCGGCCAAACGAUAUCUCUUGACUCGCUUUUCGACUUUGAAGCCGCCCAUGGACAAGCUCGACAACCCCAUUAAACUCCUCCGUUCACUCAAUCGCAAGCAAUGGCUGUUCUUUUCUUGCUCAUUUAUUGCGUGGACUUGGGACGCGUUCGACUUUUUCACUGUCAGCUUGACAGUCAGCAAUCUCGCGGAAACAUUCGGUAAGACGAAGAAGGACAUUACGUGGGGUAUCACGCUCGUUCUGAUGUUCAGGUCUGUUGGUGCGAUAACUUUCGGACUCGCAUCAGACAGAUACGGGCGAAAAUGGCCGUUCGUCGUCAACAACUUGCUCUUCAUCGCACUUGAGCUUGGUACAGGAUUUUGCAAUACUUACGACCAGUUCCUUGCUGUCCGAGCUCUCUUCGGUAUUGCAAUGGGGGGACUCUAUGGAAAUGUGGCGGCCAUGGCACUUGAAGACUGUCCACAAAAGGCACGAGGUAUCAUCUCUGGCAUGUUGCAACAAGGCUAUGCGUUUGGAUACCUUCUCGCCACCGUUUUCUCCAGAGCCUUGGUCGACACAACCUCUCACGGCUGGAGACCAUUGUACUGGUUUGGUGGAGCCGUACCUGUUCUCAUCAUCGCUUUCCGUCUUUUCCUCGGCGAAACCGAUGCAUACAACGAGCGCAAGCGAGUCCGUGAGAGUGGAGAUGGUGUCGGCAAGACCUUCAUCAAGGAAGGCAAAGUCGCGCUAAAGCGUCACUGGAUGCUGCUGAUUUACAUGGUUCUCUUGAUGGCUGGUUUCAACUUCAUGAGCCACGGUUCUCAGGAUCUGUAUCCGACCAUGCUGGAGAAUCAGUAUGAUUUCUCCGCAAACGCAGUGACUGUCACCCAGGUUGUGGCUAAUCUUGGGGCCAUUGCGGGCGGAACCACAAUCGGCUAUCUUUCACAGUCAUUCGGACGUCGCUUUGGCAUUAUCUUCAUCUCUAUUAUCGGCGGUGCAUUGCUCUACCCCUAUUCCUUCGUUAGCAACGAGCGCGUUAUGGCUGCUGCUUUCUUCGAGCAGUUCUGCGUCCAGGGAGCUUGGGGUAUCAUUCCCAUCCACCUUAUGGAGUUGUCUCCAGGAAGUCUGCGUGCUUUCGUGGUCGGUACUUCCUACCAGCUCGGCAAUCUGGUCUCUUCAGCAAGCUCCACAAUCGAGGCCACGAUUGGCGAGCGCUUUCCUUUGCCAGAUAAGAUCGAGAAGAAUGGCAAACACGUCUCCAGAUAUGCUUAUGGCAAAGUUAUCUGCAUUUUCAUGGGUUGCGUCUAUGCAUAUGUCAUUCUCUUGACGUUCCUUGGCCCAGAAUAUCGAGGUCGCUCCAUGCUGGCUCGUACUGAUGAGGACCUCGCGGAAGCUGCAGGUCAGCAUGCUAUCGAGAAUGCGAAGCACGAACAGCAUGGGAGUGUCCGCCAUCAUUCCGAUAGCGAUGUUGGGAAGGUCUAGGCAUUGAAGGAGAGGCAAUAAGCUCUCUAGAUCUGGUUACGUAGCUUUCCGGUUUGAAGUUCAAUGCUGACAUUCGGAGUUAUGAAUGAUGAUCACCGUC